AUAACCAAUUGUAUUGACAUCAAAACGACAUCCGGUGUAGUGCGAGGACAGACCAUACAAGUGCUUAAUAAACAAAUAGACGAGUUUAUAGGUAUACCGUAUGCCGAACCACCAGUCGGUAAACUUCGCUUUGCAAAACCACAGCCCAUCAUAAAGCCGGCUCCGGAUAUAAUCAACGCAACAAUACCUAAAAACAGUUGUUGGCAGUUGAAUCAGGGAGACAAUCAAACAUUUAGUGAGGACUGUCUAUUUGUCAACAUAUGGUCACCUAAUCGGGUCAACCAGCCAGGGACAAAUGGCCAGAAACCGGUAAUGUUUUGGAUACAUGGCGGUGGCUUUACUAUUGGUUCAAUAUUUUUAUGGUGGUAUAAUGGAUCAGUUUUAGCUGCCAAUGAUGUUGUUGUUGUGACCACUAAUUAUCGGUUAGGAGUGUUUGGAUUUUUGUACGGUGCAGAUGAGUCGGCUCCGGGAAAUGUAGGACUGUAUGACCAAUUGUUGGCACUCAAAUGGGUAAGAGAUAAUAUUGAGGCAUUUGGUGGUGACCCCAAUCAGGUCACCAUAUUUGGUGAAUCGGCCGGCAGUUGGUCCGUAUCGGCACACAUACUGUCACCGCUAUCUAAAGGACUAUAUAGUAGGGCUAUAAUGGAAAGUGGUGCACUAAUGUUCAAUAAGGACAGGGAUCCCAUCAGUACACAGGAGGCACUGGAAUUGAAUAAACAAAUAGCAUAUAAACUAAAUUGUACUGACAAUUGGUUACAGUGUUUGAAAAAUGUCAAACCGGAACAGUUAGUUACACCUUUUCUACUGACACUACCAAUAAUAAAAGGCACCGAAUUUCUACCGUUUCGGACACAAACAGAAUUUGAAAAACAUUUAGUCAAUACAGACAUCGAUUUGAUUGCCGGCGUUACCCGUGAUGAGGGAUCGUUAGCCGAUCAGUUACUUAGGGUGUCAAUGGACAACAUGACUGUCGCCAAUUGGACUUUUGAUGAUUUUAUUGGUGACCUAUCACUCAAGUGUCCCACAUAUCUAUUUACCCGACUAUUCAACAAAAUUAAGGCCAAAAACAAAAACGUCUAUUUUUAUGAGUGGACAUAUCUGAGUGAAAAAAUUUCAAAAUAUAUUGAAUGUGAUAUUCAUAAGAAAGGUAUCUGUCAUGGAGUGGACAUACCAUAUGUGUUUGGUUUGCCGUUUAUUAUGCCCGAUAUGUUUGAUGAAAUUGACAAACCAUUUAGCGACACAAUUAUUCAAAUAAUUUUAGUUAUUAUAUAUUUGGUUAAUAUAACCAAUUGUAUUGACAUCAAAACGACAUCCGGUGUAGUGCGAGGACAGACCAUACAAGUGCUUAAUAAACAAAUAGACGAAUUCAUAGGUAUACCGUUUGCCGAACCACCAGUCGGUGAACUUCGCUUUGCAAAACCUAAGCCUAUCAUAAGGCCGGCUCCGGAUAUCAUUGACGCGACAAUACCUAAAAACAGUUGUUGGCAAUUGCCUUCACGAAACAAUCAAACGUAUAGCGAGGACUGUCUGUUUGUCAAUAUAUGGACACCUAAUCGGGUGGUCAAUGAGUCCGUACAAAGCGGUCAAAAACCCGUUAUGUUUUAUAUAUACGGCGGUUCCUUUGUUUCGGGUUCAAUAUUUUUGUUAAACUUAUAUAACGGUUCAGUUUUAGCCACCAAUGAUGUAGUGAUUGUGACCACUAAUUAUCGAUUAGGAGUAUUAGGUUUUUUAUACGGUGCGGAUGAGUCGGCUCCGGGAAAUGCGGGAUUAUAUGACCAGUUGUUGGCACUCAAAUGGGUAAAAGAUAACAUCGAGGCAUUUGGUGGUGACCCCAAUCAGGUGACCAUUUUUGGUCAAUCUGCGGGCAGUAUAUCAGUGUCAGCACACAUACUGUCUCCUCUAUCUAAAGGAUUAUAUAGGAGAGCUAUAAUGGAAAGUGGGGCACUAAUGUUCAAUAAGGACAGGGAUCCGAUCAGUACACAGGAGGCACUGGAAUUGAAUAAACAAAUUGGACAUAAACUGAAUUGUACUGGACACAAUUGGUUACAGUGUUUGAGGAAUGUUAGACCGGAACAGUUAGUUUUUAAGCUAAAGUUGAUAUUGCCAUUAAUAGGCACAGAGUUUCUACCGGUUCGGGCAAUAGAAGAAUUUCAAAAACAUUCAGUUAAUACAGACAUCGAUUUGAUUGCCGGCGUCACACGCAAUGAGGGAUCAAUUGCCGGUGGCAUACUUUCUGUGUCAUUGGACAACAUGACUGUCGCCAAGUUUACUGAUUAUAUAAACAAAACUGAUUUAUUAUUUCAUAAUUUGAAUGCAACAAAAAUUGAAGAUUUUUAUCUUAAAUCAGUUGACAAAACAAACGCAUCGGCUCUGAGACGGGCUUUUCAGGAUUUUUUCGGUGACGUAGCCCUUAAGUGUCCCACAUAUUUGUUUGCCCGACAAUUGAACAAAAUUAAAACCAAAACCAAAAAUGUCUACUUCUAUGAGUUUACAUACAUAAGCGAAAAGUUUUCAAAAUAUUUACCCAACAAUAUUCAUAAGAAAGACAUUUGUCACGGAUCAGACAUACCAUAUGUGUUUGGUUUGCCGUUUAUUAUGCCCGACAUGUUUGAACCAAUUGACCAAACAUUUAGCAAAUCAAUAAUACAAAUGUGGACAGAAUUUACUAAAACAGGUAAACCUGAUAAUCUAUGGCCACUAAUUGAAAGUGAAAAAUCCAAUAAUGUUUUGGUUUGUGAUUUGAAUCCCAAAAAUAUGACAAAAAUUUUUGAAAAUCCAUUUUACGAGAUUUGUGAUAUAUUUUGGAAAAAUUUUUACAUAAAUUAA